AUGGGUAAUUUAAGUUCUUCCUUGGAAGAACAUCCAACUCUGUACGUAAGGAAUUCCAAUCGAUUUCCUUUUUGUUCACCUUUGCAUUUGGUUCAACUUGGCCCUCGUGAAGUUCAUAUUACAGAGAUCGUAGUAUCAAAUUCUGCCCAUACCCCAUACGUAACGUUUCCAAUCACAUCAAAUGGUAUUUCCGCCAUCCCAAACACCACAGAUCUCCUGGAAUUUAUUCAGGACCCUAACGCCCAAUCAAUCAAUCCAAGUAAAAUUUUACUUAAACUCGGAAAGGAUAAAAAACUAGAAAUGAAAUUUAAGUUUAAUAUUGGUAAAACUGAUGGAAGUAAAGCUGAUGUGAAAGGUCUCACGUUUAUCAAUGUUGCCAGUGAAAGAGAGUUGGCAAGGAUAUUAACGGUCGAGUUCAACGAUGAUCCUAAUCUCCAUAAACAUCCAAACGUUACACUUGUCGGAAAUUACAAGUCGGAUGGAAUAAAAACAUCCGAAAAUGAGUGGACAUGGAAAUGGUCUCCACCACACAACAUGGAUGAGGUUCAUCGGGGUUGGAGAAAUCAUUGUUGU